AUGGGACUCCGCAAAGGGUCAGAUCUACGCGCGAGAUUCAAGGCAGGAGAAGCAACUAGCGAGGGUCAAGGUAGGCCUGUUAUCUCAGCUCCCUUCGUUGCGCCUCAGCAGCAUCCAUUGUCAAACACCAACGAUCCUACCUAUGAAGACCGACAACCAUCUUCUCAACAACCAAUUCAGCACAGUAAACUCGGCCACCAACGAGAUUCUUUGGGGUCUCACCCAGUUCACAUUGCCCCUGGGAAUCGCUACAACGGUGAUGACAACCAGCUCUGCGAAGCCCCUGGUUUGAGCAGAGAGGAGCAGGAGGAUCUGUUGAAAGUAGUCAUGGAUCUAGAACUUCAGAUCGAGAAGGCAACAAUCGCCGCAAACAUGUACUUUCACCAAGCUCAUGGUUGGGCGCCCCAGAGUCCAAUUCCCGAUGACCUUGAUUCGUUACCCCAGAUGCUUCAAGGACUUUACGCGGUCAUGACUUGGAUGCAGCAACGCAUUCAAGUAUACGAGAUUAUGAUCUCUAAACUCCGAGGGUAUUACGAGUAA